AUGAGGCUGAACGCGCAAGGUACCGACGUUGGUUCUCGGGCUUGGGUAUUAAGCUGUAUACCAAGUUCCGCUCCUAAUUCGUUGUAUGACAUUUGUUUUGUUGCAGUCAGGUCACUGGUCGAACAAGGUGGGUUUCGACAACGGUCGACAAUAACUGGCGCAUUUGCUCCCUCCACAACUCGUCAAUGGGCGAAAACUCACGAUUUUCAAAUUUUUGAAAGUGCGAUGGAGCAUGAUGUUGAAUUGCCGUCGUUUACCGUCGGCUAUAAGAACGGAUUUUUGCCUCGACAGGAUCCGUUAGCUCGUCUUCCAGAUCGUUUCUUUACGCUUGAAUAUCUCUUGAAACAGAUGCCAAUUAAUUUACCUGAUGGAAAUAAAGGAUUAUUGGCGCGGGGAGAACUUGGAGAUGCAGUCAAAAAGAAUUUACCGUUUUAUGACGUGAGUGACGUAACCGAUCAACGAUUGCUUUCAGCAUUGUUUAGGGAUUACACGUUCUUGGCAUCGGCGUAUCUUCUCGAACCAUGUGAUAUAAUGUAUCGUGAAAAGAAGAAUUAUGGUCUUGGACGUCAAGUUUUACCAAAGAAUAUAGCGGUUCCCUUAAAAACUGUUGCAGACAAAAUUGGCGCAAACCCAUUUAUGGAAUACGCUUUAUCAUAUAGUCUCUAUAAUUAUCAACGAAUUGACCCAUCGAAGCCAAUCACUUAUCCAAACCUAAAUCUAGUUCGAUCGUUCGCCGGAUCCCAAUCAGAACACGGAUUUAUUCUCGUGCAUGUCGCGAUGGUUGCCAAUUCUGGAAACUUGGUUCGUUGGACAAUGGAAACUAUGAAUUCAGCCGCGCAACAAGAUCGCAAUCGAUUUAAUGUGGCAUUAAAGCAUCUUAAUGACACAAUGGAGACGAUAAAUCAAGAAAUGGAGAAUAUGUGGGAACGUUCGAACCAUGAAGAUUAUUUAAAGUUUCGUACUUUCAUUAUGGGAUCGAAAAAUCAGCCGAUGUUUCCGAAUGGCGUUAUCUAUGAAGGUGUAAGCGAUAAACCAUUAUAUUAUCGAGGCGAAUCUGGGGCAAACGACUCUAUGAUUCCAUGCAUGGACAAUUUGCUUCAAAUCACAGCCCAAAUGCCGAAUAAUCCAUUGACAGAAGUCCUAAAAGAUUUUCGAAAUUAUCGGCCUACAAAUCAUAAACAAUUUUUAGAAUAUGUCCAGAAACGAGCAGAGGAUGUUAAUGUGCGUGGUUUUGCUGUUCAAGAUGCAAAUAGUACUGCUUUAUAUUUAGCGAACAUGGAUCAGAUACGUGCGUUUCGUCAUCGUCAUUGGAAUUUUACGAAAGAAUAUAUAAUUAAGCAUACGAGUCAUCCGGUGGCUACCGGCGGUUCUCCAAUCAUCACCUGGCUUCCGAAUCAACUAUCUACAGUUCUGCAUCAAAUGGCCAAAGUUGGACAGACAAUAAAUUAUGCGGAACUUUCUCUUGAAAAUAGAAUUCUUGUCGGCGAGAUUGUGAAUCGAGCUAGCAUUCAGGAGCGAGUGUUGAAACGUGAGGUAUCAAUUUUGAAGGAUCGGUUUGGAGAAAGUCAGGAUAACAAUAGAGUUGUGGUUUGA